AUGGCUACACCCGAUAUCCUAGCAUUUGCUGACCCGUACACUGAAGCCCUGCACGAUGUACCUGGGGUGAGGCUCCUGAGAGCGCACAAACUCACUGAUAACGAAGAGAGAACGACGGGUGCUGCCGCUAUUGAGAGCAUGGUCAAGUCGACAAUCACCACCGAACAACUCGAGGCUUGGCUUAAGAGGGGGGACACUGUAGACGACGUCUUCAAAGCACUGCACCUUCAGAAGGCAGGAGACGCUCUUCUUGACAACCCCCAGCUGUGUGUUUUGAUUAACUACAUGAACCGCUUUAACACAGCGAAUCCAACGAAGAAGACGAAUGUGGUCGCGGCGUUGACAGCUCACUACGGAGAUCAAUGUUUGACCAAGAUAAUCGAAGCAGCAACGAAGAGCCCGACUAGUUCGAAGAUGGCUAAACACCUCCAGACCGAGCAGGUCCAGCGUUGGCUGACUGACAAGAAAACUCCAGAGGACGUCUUUGGGCUCUUAAAGCUGAACAAGCUCUGGCCAUUGUCCUGGAUAUCGUCUGACCUUUUCAACAAGCCUGGACUUACCACUUGGAUCCGAUAUCUGGAUGAUUUCAACGAGGCGAAUCCCGAACAGAAGACGACUCUUCUCUCCAUUUUAUCGGCUCGGUACAGCGACAAAACGCUAGUGAAUAUGCUGAUCGAGGCGAACAACGUUCGUAGUACGAGCACCAUUGCGAAACGUAUUCAGGCUGAGCAGACACGCCUUUGGCUGGACAACAAAGUAGCUCCGGCCGACAUCUUCAAAACGCUAAAUCUUAACAAGGCAGGAGACAACAUUUUCGAGAACCCAUUAUUCUCUGCGUGGAUCAAUUAUGCGGACGACUUUCACUUGAUGCAUAGUGAUACACAACUCGCAACCAUGCCCACACUGCUGACGCACUACAAUGAUAGGAAGUUGUCAAGUAUGAUCAUGGCGGCGGUGGAGAUCCCAAGUACGAAAACACUCGCUGAGCGAGUGCAAUCAGAGCUGCAACGGACCUGGCUCUUCCGUAGAGAUACCCCGGACGACGUUUUUCACCUGCUCAAACUCAGAACUAACAAGCUGCUUGAGAAUCCACUUUUCCCCGUCUGGACCAAGUACGUGGCUUAUUACAACAGUAUGAACUUCAAGACGAAGUAUGAUCUCAUCGCGACGUUGACUUACUACUAUGGUGGAGAUAGAGAACUCACAAAGAUGCUCAUGGCUGCGGUGAAGGAACCAAAUACCAACAAAUUGGCUACGGAGUUGCAGGACUUGCAGAUUGCCCGAUGGAUAUCGAAAAAGUUCAGCCCAGCCCAGGUUUCCACAUUUCUGGGGGCGGAUAAUGCGAGUAGGAUUCUUUACAAGCGAUACGUUGCGACCUACAAUGGCCAAUACUAG